CAUGUUUUCCUGGUGCUCUUGCUCCACUGUGGUGGAGUGAGUGACAGGAGAGAGAGAGAGAGGGUGAUGCUCCUUGACCAUUUUCUCUGUAGCAUAUUCACUAUAAUCCAUAUCUCAAGAUAUUAGAAUGUGCAUUCAGAAAUUCAUGUUCUUUGAUAUGAAAUAUGCACUGUUCUUUUCACUUCUUCUGGUCUCUCUCAGUGUUUCUGAAGCUUAUGCUGCUCCAGUAGAGUACAUAGUUAGGCCCCUGUAUUCUCUGUUCAGAUGGAUGAGGGCCUCUCCCAAAGCUUCCCAAAAUGAUGGGAACUUUCUUCAGUUUGAAAAUGGGUAUGUGGUGGAGACUGUUGUUGAAGGGAACAAGCUCGGCAUUGUCCCUUAUGUUAUCCGCAUAUCGCCAGAGGGGGAGCUCAUUGCCUCUGACACCAUUAACAGCAAUAUUGUCCGAAUGACUCCACCACUCUCCCCAUAUAGCAGGGCGAGGUUAGUCGCUGGGUCAUUUCAAGGUCACUUGGGGCAUGUGGAUGGGAAACCAAGUGAUGCCCGUUUCAAUCAUCCAAAGGGGGUUGCUGUGGAUGAUAGGGGAAAUGUAUACGUUGCAGACACCUUGAACAUGGCUAUAAGAAAGAUUGGUGAAGCAGGUGUAACAACCAUAGCUGGAGGUAAAUCUAAUGCUGCCGGUUACAGUGACGGGCCUAGUGAAGAUGCAAAAUUUUCUAGUGACUUUGAUGUUGUAUAUGUUGGAAGCACUUGUUCACUGUUAGUCAUUGACCGAGGCAAUGCUGCUCUCCGUGAAAUAGCACUUCGUCCUGAGGAUUGUUCUAGCCAAUAUUCCUCAGUCUCUUCUUCAGAUAUCAUUAUAGUUGCUGGUGCACUGUUGGUGGGCUAUGUCUCGUGCUUUCUUCACCAAGGAUUUAGUUCUUCAAAUGUCUCCAAGCAGAGAAGUCACUAUGAAGAUGAAUGGCAAGAGGUAUCAAAAGAAGAGAAAACCAAGUACCCUAAAGACUUAAACAACUUUCCAGUUAGCACGCAACCAUCCUUUUUCGGGUAUGUCUCCAAUUUGCUGGGAUUCCUAACCGAAAAGGUCAAAAACAUCUACCACUCCAUACCCUUUCUAAGGCCUAAGGAGACCUUCCUAAGUCCACUGGACAACCUCGUGAUGCCUGAGGAUGAUAUAAAAGAAGCAGCAUCGCUUCAAAAACAAAGAAGCUCAUGGCCCAUGACUGAAAGCAUUCAAUCCUCUGAUGCAAACAACAGUUACACCUCAAAAUACAAGGCUUCUUCUCAAAAGAAGAAAUCAAGUGGGUUAAAGGAUCCUAAUCUCCCAUGUAAACACAAGUCAAGAAGACAAGAUGCAGCCAAUGUAUCAGGGUCAGCGGAGGCUUCUCGAUAUGUUCAGCACAGUUCCAAGAGCCAAAGGCAUCAUAGAAGCAGGGAGGCUACAUUUGGAGCUUCAGAGAGAGAACCAAAGCCCAUGGAAAUAAAAUCAGUGGAUUAUGGAGAUCCGAAGUUUGAUCAUUACAACAUCAGAAGUAAGUUUACCGUGGAUAAUGUCUUCCAGUACUGACAAUAUAACAUGCCUUAUGACUGUGAGGGCUGCUUUUUGAGAGAGAGAGAGAACAGCUAGCUCGAAGUUCCAUACUGUUCUGAGAAGAAUUUUACAGUCGAAUCCAGAAAUUUUAGCAUUUGGAGGUGUUGCGUGUGUAUGUAUACAUGCUGAGUGAGGUUGGACGCUAAAGGUUAAAAACUUACUAGAGUGAUUCAGCUUAAAACCGAGUUAUCUUCUGAUCAUAUUGUGGCAUUUAUACAUUUAUUUCCUAUUACAAACAUGAUGAAUAUGCAGUGUUUUAUGGGGCCUUGAUGCUUGUGUGAAAGCUCUUGGAGAUGAAUCGAUUAUGGUUAUUGAUUA